UGCAGUGGGCAUGAGAUCACACUGAGAUCUGCCCCCGUUUCCCCCUCUGCAGCUCAGUGUGUCCCAGCUGCCACCAUGGCCUUCGUGCCCGCUCCGAGCCCCACGGUGGUCGACCAGACCACACUGAUGAAGAAGUACCUGCAGUUUGUGGCAGCACUCACAGACGCCAACACACCUGAUGAAACGAAGCUCAAGAUGAUGCAGGAGGUCAGCGAGAACUUUGAGAAUGUGACAUCUUCGCCUCAAUACUCCACCUUCUUGGAACACAUCAUCCCUCGUUUCCUCACAUUUCUUCAAGAUGGAGAGGUGCAGUUCCUUCAAGAAAAACCCACACAGCAACUGAGGAAACUGGUACUGGAAAUCAUCCACCGCAUCCCAACAAACGAACACCUUCGCCCACACACGAAGAACAUCCUGUCUGUGAUGUUCCGAUUCCUGGAGAUUGAAAGUGAGGAGAAUGUGCUGAUAUGCCUUCGCAUUAUUAUCGAGCUGCACAAACAGUUCCGCCCUCCAAUCUCUCAGGAGAUUCAUCACUUUCUGGACUUUGUGAAGCAGAUUUAUAAAGACCUUCCUAAAGUUGUGGCCAGGUACUUCGAGAACCCGCAGGUGAUAGCAGAGAACACAGUUCCCUCCCCAGAAAUGGUGGGAAUGAUCACCUCAGUGUUGGUUAAGACUGCACCAGAGAGGGAAGACAGCGAAACACGAACGCACACCAUCAUCCCACGGGGGUCGUUGUCUCUCAAGGUUCUGGCAGAGCUGCCCAUCAUAGUGGUGCUGAUGUAUCAGCUGUAUAAGCUGAACAUUCACAACGUGGUGUCGGAGUUUGUGCCCCUCAUCAUGAACACCAUCAUGCUGCAGGUGUCCCCACAAGCCAGGCAACACAAACUUUAUAACAAGGAGCUGUAUGCAGACUUCAUCGCCGCGCAGAUCAAGACUCUGUCAUUUCUCGCCUACAUCAUCCGAAUCUACCAGGACUUGGUAGGGAAGUACUCUCAGCAGAUGGUAAAGGGCAUGCUGCAGCUGCUGACCAACUGCCCCUCUGAGACCGCUCACCUCCGCAAGGAACUGCUAAUUGCAGCCAAGCACAUCCUCACGACUGACCUACGCAGCCAGUUUAUACCUUGUAUGGACAAACUUUUUGAUGAAUCCAUCCUGAUUGGUUCUGGCUACACAGCUCGAGAGACUCUUCGACCCUUGGCCUACAGUACGCUAGCAGACCUGGUGCACCACGUUCGUCAGAACUUACCCUUGACAGAUUUAUCCCUGGCUGUGCAGCUCUUUGCCAAGAACAUUGAUGAUGAGUCGCUCCCCAGUAACAUCCAGACUAUGUCCUGCAAGCUGUUGCUCAACCUGGUGGACUGCAUCCGCUCUAAGUCAGAGCAGGAGAACGGCAAUGGGCGGGACAUUCUCAUGAGGAUGUUGGAGGUGUUUGUGCUGAAGUUUCAUACAAUCGCCCGCUACCAGCUUGUCUCCAUCUUCAAGAAGUGCAAGCCCCAGUCAGAGAUGGGUGUGGUGGAUCCGGUGGCUUUACCGGGGGUACCGGCCACACCCACUCCAUCCACUACCCCUGCCAUCGCGCCUCCUGCUCCUCCCACGCCUGUCGCCACAGCGCCUCCAACUGCCUCGACACCCUUUGACCGACCUGGCGAGAAGGAAGACAAGCAGACGUUUCAGGUGUCCGACUGCCGCAGCUUAGUCAAGACGCUGGUGUGCGGGGUGAAGACGAUUACCUGGGGCAUCACCUCUUGCAAGGCCCCUGGAGAGGCUCAGUUCAUUCCUAACAAACAGCUCCAGCCAAAGGAGACACAAAUCUACAUCAAGCUGGUAAAAUAUGCCAUGCAAGCCUUGGACAUCUACCAGGUACAAGUUGCCAAUAACCAACAGACAUACAUCAGGGUGGCCAACUGUCAGACGGUACGCAUGAAGGAGGAAAAAGAGGUCCUGGAGCACUUUGCUGGGGUCUUCACCAUGAUGAACCCCCUGACAUUCAAAGAGAUCUUUCAGACUACUGUGCCGUACAUGGUGGAGAGGAUCUCCAAGAACUACGCACUGCAGAUUGUGGCAAACUCUUUCUUGGCCAACCUGUCUACAUCUGCUCUGUUUGCCACUAUCCUGGUGGAGUAUCUUCUGGAAAGACUGCCAGAGAUGGGCUCCAACGUGGAGCUCUCAAACCUCUACCUCAAGCUCUUCAAACUGGUCUUUGGAUCAGUGUCGCUUUUUGCUGCAGAGAAUGAACAGAUGCUCAAACCACACCUCCACAAGAUAGUGAACAGCUCCAUGGAGCUGGCUCAAUCAGCUAAGGAACCCUACAACUACUUCCUACUCCUCCGGGCUCUCUUUCGCUCUAUUGGUGGAGGCAGCCAUGACCUGCUCUACCAAGAGUUCCUGCCACUUCUACCCAACCUGCUGCAAGGUCUGAACAUGCUGCAGAGUGGCCUUCACAAGCAGCACAUGAAGGACCUAUUUGUGGAGUUGUGUUUGACCGUGCCAGUGCGUCUCAGCUCCUUGCUGCCCUACUUACCCAUGCUAAUGGAUCCGCUGGUAUCUGCCCUCAAUGGCUCACAGACUCUGGUCAGCCAGGGCCUUCGCACCCUGGAGCUGUGUGUGGACAAUCUCCAGCCCGACUUCCUCUACGACCACAUCCAGCCCGUCAGGGCUGAGCUCAUGCAGGCCUUGUGGCGUACCCUCCGCAACCCAGCCGAGAGCAUCUCCCACGUAGCCUACCGAGUCCUGGGAAAGUUUGGCGGCAGCAACAGGAAGAUGCUGAAGGAGUCUCAGAGGCUGCAUUACGUGGUGACUGAGGUUCAGGGGCCCAGCAUUAAAGCCGAAUUCACAGACUGCAAGGCGUCAAUACAGCUACCAAUGGAGAAAGCCAUUGAGACGGCUCUGGACUGUCUGAAGAGUGCCAACACAGAGCCUUACUACAGGCGACAGGCCUGGGAGGUCAUUAAGUGUUUUCUGGUGGCCAUGACCAGUCUGGAUGACAACAAACACGCUCUCUACCAGCUUCUGUCUCAUCCCAACUUCACUGAGAAGUGGAUCCCCAACGUCAUCAUCUCUCACCGCUACAAGGCUCAGGACACACCUGCCCGCAGAACUUUUGAGCAAGCCCUGACUGGAGCAUUCAUGUCUGCAGUGAUAAAGGACCUGAGGCCGAGCGCGCUACCCUUUGUAGCCAGUCUGAUUCGCCAUUACACCAUGGUCGCUGUGGCUCAGCAGUGUGGUCCGUUCCUGCUGCCGUGCUACCAGCUGGGCAGCCAGCCAAGCACGGCCAUGUUCCACAGUGAGGAGAACGGCUCUAAGGGCAUGGAUCCUCUGGUUCUGAUCGAUGCCAUAGCUAUCUGCAUGGCCUAUGAGGAGAAGGAGCUGUGUAAGAUCGGAGAGGUGGCCUUGGCAGUCAUCUUCGAUGUGGCCAGCAUCAUCCUCGGCUCCAAGGAGAGGGCAUGCCAGCUGCCCUUGUUCUCCUACAUCGUUGAGCGUCUGUGUGCGUGCUGCUACGAGCAGGCCUGGUACGCCAAGCUGGGUGGCGUGGUGUCCAUCAAGUUCCUGAUGGAGAGACUGCCUCUGAUCUGGGUGCUACAGAACCAGCUCACCUUCCUCAAGGCCCUGCUCUUUGUCAUGAUGGACCUCACAGGAGAAGUGUCGAACGGAGCGGUAGCCAUGGCGAAGACCACCUUGGAGCAGUUGUUGGUGCGCUGCGCCACUCCGCUGAAAGAUGAAGAAAAGACAGAUGAGCUGCUGGCCGCCCAAGAAAAGUCUUUCCACAUGGUCACGCACGACCUGGUCCGAGAGGUGACCUCACCUAAUUCAACCGUCAGGAAGCAAGCCAUGCACUCCCUGCAGGUGCUCGCCCAGGUCACCGGCAAAAGUGUCACAGUCAUUAUGGAACCACACAAAGAGGUUUUGCAAGAUAUGGUUCCUCCCAAGAAACACCUGCUGCGCCACCAGCCUGCCAACGCCCAGAUCGGCCUGAUGGAGGGCAACACCUUCUGCACCACCCUGCAGCCUCGCCUCUUCACCAUGGACCUCAAUGUCAUGGAGCACAAAGUCUUCUAUACAGAGCUGUUGAAUCUGUGCGAGGCAGAAGACGCUGCUCUGAUGAAGCUGCCGUGCUACAAGAGCCUCCCCUCCCUGGUUCCCCUCCGCAUCGCCGCUCUCAAUGCCCUAGCAGCCUGUAACUACUUGCCUCAGUCUAGAGAAAAGAUCAUAGCCGCCCUGUUCAAAGCUCUCAACUCCACCAACAACGAACUGCAGGAAGCAGGAGAGGCGUGCAUGAGGAAGUUUCUGGAAGGCGCUACCAUUGAGGUGGACCAAAUCCAUACUCACAUGCGCCCCCUACUGAUGAUGCUGGGUGACUACCGCAGCCUGACGCUCAACGUGGUGAACCGUCUGACCUCGGUCACGCGUCUUUUCCCCAACUCCUUCAACGACAAGUUCUGCGACCAGAUGAUGCAACACCUGAGGAAGUGGAUGGAGGUGGUUGUAAUAACACACAAGGGAGGCCAGAGAAGUGAUGGCAGUUCAACACUUUCUCAAUGUGGCCUCCUCCCCUUAUCAUUGUUUCCCGUUCCGGCACAGCCUGCGUUGGAGGGCGUUGAGGAGAUGAAGAUCUGUUCCGCCAUCAUUAACCUAUUCCACCUGAUACCAGCUGCACCGCAGACUCUGGUCAAACCUCUGCUGGAGGUGGUCAUGAAGACAGAGAGGGCCAUGCUCAUAGAGGCCGGCAGUCCAUUCAGAGAGCCUUUGAUCAAGUUCCUGACACGUCACCCAUCUCAGACGGUGGAGCUGUUUAUGAUGGAGGCUACGCUAAACGACCCCCAGUGGAGCCGCAUGUUCAUGAGUUUUCUGAAGCACAAAGAUGCCAAGCCACUAAGAGACGUGCUGGCCUCCAAUCCCAAUCGCUUCGUUCCACUGCUGGUUCCUGCUGGCACUGCAGCAACUGUCCGACCUGGAUCUCCCUCCACCACCACAGCCAGACUGGAUCUGCAGUUUCAGGCGAUUAAGAUCAUCAGUAUCAUAGUGAAGAAUGAUGAAGGUUGGCUGGCAGGGCAGCACUCCCUGGUGAGCCAGCUAAGGAGGGUCUGGGUCAGUGAGGCCUUCCAAGAGAGGCAUCGUAAAGACAACAUGGCUGCCACCAACUGGAAGGAGCCCAAGCUGCUGGCCUUCUGUCUGCUUAGUUAUUGCAAGCGCAACUACUCAGAGAUUGAGCUGCUGUUCCAGCUGCUGCGAGCCUUCACUGGUCGCUUCUUAUGCAACAUGACCUUCCUGAAGGAGUACAUGGAGGAGGAAAUACCCAGGAACUACUCCAUCGCCCAGAAACGAGCCCUGUUCUUCCGCUUCGUCGAGUUCAAUGACCCACACUUCAACGAUGAGCUCAAAGCAAAGGUACUGCAGCACAUCCUGAAUCCAGCCUUCCUGCACAGCUUUGAGAAGGGGGAAGGUGAGCAGCUGCUUGGACCGCCCAACCCUGAAGGGGACAACCCUGAAAGCAUCACCAGUGUUUUCAUCACUAAGGUUCUGGACCCGGAGAAGCAAGCUGACCUGCUGGACUCGUUGCGAAUUUGCCUGCUGCAGUUCUCCACCCUGCUGGUGGAGCACGCACCGCACCACAUCCACGACAACAACAAAUCACGCAACAGCAAGCUGCGGCGCCUCAUGACCUUCGCCUGGCCGUGCCUGCUGCCUAAAGCCUGCGUGGACCCCGCCUGUAAAUACAGCGGACACCUGCUUCUGGCGCACAUCAUCGCAAAGUUCGCCAUUCACAAGAAGAUCGUCCUGCAGGUGUUCCACAGCCUGUUGAAAGCCCACACCAUGGAGGCCCGGGCCAUCGUCCGCCAGGCCAUGGCCAUCCUCACCCCUGCCGUUCCCGCCCGCAUGGAGGACGGCCACCAGAUGUUAACCCACUGGACUCGCAAGAUAAUUGUGGAGGAAGGCCACACCGUACCGCAGCUGGUCCACAUACUACAUCUCAUAGUGCAGCACUUUAGGGUGUACUACCCUGUGCGCCACCACCUGGUGCAGCACAUGAUCAGUGCGAUGCAGCGUCUGGGCUUCACUCCCAGUGUGACCAUAGAGCAAAGGAAACUGGCUGUGGACCUUGCCGAGGUGGUCAUCAAAUGGGAGUUACAGAGGAUCAAAGACCAACAGCCGGAGUCUGAGGCUGAAGUAGGGACUGGUGGUGAAGGGACCAGCGGGGGUGCUGUGAAAAGAGGACUGUCUGUUGAAGCUGCUGCUGCCGCCGCCGGACAGGACGUCAAGCGGUUCCGUACGGCAGCUGGAGCUGCCUCUACGGUGUUUGGCCGCAGCCAGUCCAUGCCGGGUACAGAGACCAUGCUCACUAAACCUGUGGAGAAACAACAUACAGACACCGUGGUCAAUUUCCUCAUCAGGAUUGCAUGCCAGGUGAACGACACCACCAACGUGGCAGGGUCUCCAGGAGAGCUGCUCUCCCGCCGCUGCGUUAGCCUGAUGAAGACUGGCCUCAGGGCUGACAUGUGGCCUCGCGCUGAGCUCAAGCUGCAGUGGUUUGACAAGCUGCUUAUGACAGUGGAGCAGCCAGCGCAGGCUAACAUCUCCAACAUCUGCACUGGAUUGGAGAUCCUCUGCUUCCUGCUGACCGUGCUGCAGUCCCCAGCAAUCCUGGCCCACUUCAAGCCCCUCCAGCGUGGCAUCGCCGCCUGCAUGACCUGCGGCAACACCAAAGUCCUGCGGGCCGUCCACUCGCUCCUCUCUCGCCUCAUGAGCAUCUUCCCCACUGAGCCCAGCACAUCAACUGUGGCAUCUAAGUAUGAGGAAUUGGAGUGUCUGUAUGCUGCUGUGGGCAAGGUCAUCUAUGAGGGACUCACCAACUAUGAAAAAGCCACAAGCAACACUAACCCCACACAGCUCUUCGGUACACUGAUGAUCCUGAAGUCAGCCUGCAGUUAUAAUGCCAGCUACAUCGACCGCCUCAUCUCGGUGUUCAUGCGUUCCCUGCAGAAGAUGGUGCGGGAACACCUGAGCCCCCAGCAGGCCAACCCAGGGGUCACUGAAACCAACACAGUGACCAGUGAGCUGGUAAUGCUGAGUCUGGACUUGGUGAAGACUCGCCUGUCUGUCAUGAGCAUGGAAAUGAGGAAGAACUUCAUCCAGGUUAUCCUCACGUCGCUGAUAGAGAAGUCACCCGACUCCAAAAUUCUCCGCGCCGUCGUCAAGAUCGUGGAGGAGUGGGUGAAAAACAAUUCUCCUAUGGCUGCCAAUCAGAUGCCCAACCUACGCGAGAAGUCCAUCUUGUUGGUGAAGAUGAUGACCUACAUAGAGAAGCGUUUCCCCGAUGAACUUGAGUUAAACGGCCAGUUCCUGGACCUCGUUAAUUACGUCUACAGGGAUGAGAGCCUUUCAGGAAGUGACAUCACAUCAAAGUUGGAGCCAGCUUUUCUCUCGGGGCUUCGCUGCACUCAGCCGUUGAUCAGAGCCAAGUUCUUUGAGGUGUUUGACGGCUCCAUGAAGCGGCGGGUCUAUGAGAGGCUCCUCUACAUCUGCUGCUCUCAGAACUGGGAGGCCAUGGGCAGCCACUUCUGGAUCAAACAGUGCAUAGAGCUGCUGCUGGCAGUGUGCGAGCGAAACACCAUCAUCGGCACCAGCUGCCAGGGAUCCAUGCUGCCGUCUAUCACUAACGUCAUCAACCUGGCCGACAGCCACGACCGUGCCGCCUUCGCCAUGGCAACGCAUGUCAAGCAGGAGCCGCGGGAGAGGGAGAACAGUGAGACCAAGGAGGAGGAUGUGGAGAUAGACAUCGAGCUAGCACCGGGUGACCAGACGGCCAUCCCCAAGACCAAGGAUCAGGCCGAGAGAGACGCAGGCAACCAACUGCACAUGCUCACAAACCGCCACGACAAGUUCCUCGACUCGCUGCGGGAGGUCAAGACGGGGGCACUCCUGAACGCCCUGGUCCAGCUCUGUCACAUCUCCACACCGCUGGCUGAGAGGACCUGGGUUCAGCUUUUCCCUCGUCUCUGGAAGAUCCUUUCUGACAGGCAGCAACAUGCUCUGUCAGGAGAAAUGAGUCCCUUCCUGUGCAGUGGCAGCCACCAGGCCCAGAGGGACUGCCAGCCCAGUGCCCUAAACUGCUUUGUGGAGGCCAUGUCCCAGUGCGUGCCUCCUAUCCCCAUCCGCCCCUGCGUGCUGAAGUACUUGGGCAAGACGCACAACCUCUGGCUGCGCUCCACACUCAUGCUGGAGCAGCAGGCCUUUGAAAAGGGCCUUAGCCUGCACAGCAAACCCAAGCAGAGCACUGAGUUCUAUGAACAGGAGAGCAUCACUCCACCUCAACAGGAGAUUUUGGACUCCCUAGCGGAGCUCUACUCUCUGCUUCAAGAGGAGGACAUGUGGGCAGGCCUGUGGCAGAAGAGGUGCAAGUUUCCUGAGACCGCCACAGCCAUCGCCUACGAGCAGCAUGGCUUCUUUGAACAGGCCCAGGAAAGCUACGAGAAGGCAAUGGAGAAGGCAAGAAAAGAGCAUGAGAGGAGCAACGUCUCCCCUGCCAUCUUCCCUGAGUACCAGCUGUGGGAAGACCACUGGAUACGCUGUUCUAAGGAAUUGAACCAGUGGGAACCGUUGACAGAAUACGGCCAAUCUAAAGGCCACUCAAACCCUUACCUGGUGCUUGAGUGUGCUUGGAGGGUUUCCAAUUGGGCUGCAAUGAAGGAGGCUCUGGUGCAGGUGGAGCUGAGCUGUCCGAAGGAGAUGGCCUGGAAGGUGAACAUGCACCGCGGCUACCUGGCUAUCUGCCACCCAGAGGAGCAGCAGCUCAACUUCAUAGAGAGGCUGGUGGAGAUGGCCUCGAGCCUGGCCAUCCGAGAGUGGAGGAGGUUGCCUCACAUCGUCUCCCACGUGCACACGCCGCUGCUGCAGGCGGCUCAGCAGAUCAUAGAGCUGCAAGAAGCCGCCCAAAUUAAUGCGGGGCUUCAGCCAGCCAACCUGGGCCGCAACACCAGCCUCCACGACAUGAAGACUGUGGUGAAAACCUGGAGGAACCGACUGCCCAUCGUGUCCGACGACCUCUCCCACUGGAGCAGCAUCUUCAUGUGGCGCCAGCACCAUUACCAAGCCAUAGUGACGGCGUAUGAGACCAACACACAGCACGAUCCAAACAACAACAACGCCAUGUUGGGAGUUCACGCCUCGGCUUCUGCCAUCAUUCAGUACGGCAAGAUAGGACGCAAACAGGGUUUGGUGAAUGUGGCUCUGGACAUCCUGAGUCGUAUCCACACCAUCCCCACAGUGCCUAUCGUAGACUGCUUCCAGAAGAUCAGGCAGCAGGUUAAAUGUUAUUUGCAGCUGGCUGGCGUCAUGGGCAAAAAUGAAUGCAUGCAGGGUUUGGAGGUGAUAGAGUCGACCAACCUGAAGUACUUCACCAAGGAGAUGACGGCGGAGUUCUACGCUCUCAAGGGAAUGUUCCUGGCUCAGAUCAACAAGUCAGAGGAAGCCAACAAGGCCUUUUCAGCGGCGGUGCAGAUGCACGACGUCCUGGUGAAGGCCUGGGCCAUGUGGGGCGACUACCUGGAGAACAUCUUCGUCAAGGACCGCCAGCUCCACUUGGGAGUCUCCGCCAUUACCUGUUACCUCCACGCAUGUCGCCACCAAAACGAGAGCAAGUCCCGCAAGUACCUAGCAAAGGUGUUGUGGCUGCUCAGCUUCGAUGACAAGAACACCCUGGCAGAUGCUGUGGACAAGUACUGCAUCGGAGUCCCGCCCAUCCAGUGGUUGGCAUGGAUACCGCAGCUGCUGACCUGUUUGGUUGGUUCAGAAGGCAAACCUCUGCUCAACCUAAUCAGCCAGGUGGGACGAGUGUAUCCCCAGGCUGUCUACUUCCCCAUCCGCACCCUUUACCUGACGCUCAAGAUCGAGCAGAGGGAGCGCUACAAAAGUGACGCAUCCGGACAGCAGCAGCCCGCUUCAGUGGGCGCCCAGCCUCACUCGGGGGCCUCCGACCCGGGGCCUAUCCGGGCCACGGCACCAAUGUGGCGCUGCAGCCGGAUCAUGCACAUGCAACGGGAGCUACACCCCACCCUCCUCUCCUCCCUGGAGGGUAUCGUGGACCAGAUGGUGUGGUUCAGGGAGAACUGGCAUGAAGAGGUAUUAAGGCAGCUCCAACAGGGCCUGGCUAAAUGCUACUCGGUGGCCUUUGAGAAGAGCGGCGCGGUGUCCGACGCCAAGAUCACGCCGCACACGCUCAACUUCGUCAAGAAGCUCGUCAGCACGUUCGGCGUCGGCCUGGAGAACGUUUCCAAUGUUUCCACCAUGUUCUCCAGCGCCGCCUCCGAGUCUCUAGCCCGCCGCGCCCAAGCCACAGCCCAAGACCCUGUUUUCCAGAAGAUGAAGGGACAGUUCACAACAGACUUUGACUUCAGCGUCCCAGGCUCUAUGAAACUUCACAAUCUGAUCUCCAAGCUCAAGAAGUGGAUCAAAAUCCUGGAGGCCAAGACCAAGCAGCUGCCCAAGUUCUUCCUCAUCGAAGAGAAGUGCCGCUUCCUCAGCAACUUCUCGGCGCAGACGGCCGAGGUGGAGAUCCCCGGGGAGUUCCUCAUGCCCAAACCUACGCACUAUUACAUCAAGAUCGCCAGGUUCAUGCCUAGAGUGGAAAUCGUUCAGAAGCACAACACAGCAGCACGUCGCCUUUAUAUCCGCGGCCACAACGGCAAGAUCUACCCGUACCUGGUGAUGAACGACGCCUGCCUGACCGAGUCACGCAGAGAAGAGAGGGUCCUCCAGCUCCUGCGCCUCCUCAACCCCUGUCUGGAGAAGAGAAAGGAGACCACCAAGAGACACCUCUUCUUCACCGUGCCCCGAGUGGUGGCAGUGUCGCCUCAGAUGCGGCUAGUAGAGGACAACCCUUCAUCUCUGUCACUGGUGGAAAUCUACAAACAGCGCUGCGCCAAGAAGGGAAUCGAGCAUGACAACCCCAUUUCCCGAUAUUACGAUCGUCUGGCCACUGUGCAGGCCAGAGGCACACAGGCCAGCCACCAGGUCCUGCGGGACAUCCUGAAGGAGGUGCAGGGCAACAUGGUGCCUCGCAGCAUGCUGAAGGAGUGGGCUCUCCACACCUUCCCCAACGCCACCGAUUACUGGACCUUCCGGAAGAUGUUCACCAUUCAGCUGGCCCUCAUCGGUCUGGCCGAGUUCAUGCUCCAUCUCAACCGGCUCAACCCCGAGAUGCUGCAGAUCGCUCAGGACACCGGCAAGCUGAACGUCUCCUACUUCCGCUUCGACAUCAACGACGCCACGGGCGACCUGGACGCCAACCGGCCCGUCCCGUUCCGCCUGACGCCGAACAUCUCCGAGUUCCUGACCACCAUCGGGGUUUCCGGCCCGCUCACCGCCUCCAUGAUCGCUGUGGCUCGAUGCUUCGCACAGCCAAACUUUAAGGUGGACGGCAUCCUGAAGGCGGUCCUUCGCGACGAGAUCAUCGCCUGGCACAAGAAGACCCAAGAGGACACGUCCAUGCCGCUGUCCCCGGCAGGCCAACCAGAGAACAUGGACUCCCAGCAGCUGGUCUCACUGGUCCAGAAAGCCGUCACCGCCAUCAUGACCCGCCUCCACAACCUGGCUCAAUUCGAGGGAGGGGAGAGCAAAGUCAACACGCUGGUGGCCGCAGCAAACAGCCUGGACAACCUGUGCCGCAUGGACCCCGCCUGGCACCCCUGGCUCUGAGAGUUUUUACUUGACUUUUACGACGUAUCUGACAAACAGAGAUGAGAUUUGUUUAAGCGUGUGUUGCUCUUCACUGUAACAAAAGCCUGAUGGACACCUGGGACUUUUUUUUUUUUUUCC